CCGAGCCCGCCGGGCCCGGACAAAGCGCUGCCACCUCCCGCCCCGCCCCGCCCCGCCUGCAGCCCCGCCGCGGAGCCAUGUCGGCCAGCAGCCUCUUGGAGCAGAGACCCAAGGGCCAAGGCAACAAAGUACAAAAUGGCUCUGUGCACCAGAAGGAUGGGUUAAAUGAUGAUGACUUUGAGCCCUACCUGAGUCCACAGGCCCGCCCGAAUAAUGCAUACACUGCAAUGUCCGAUUCCUACUUACCAAGCUACUUCAGUCCCUCCAUUGGAUUCUCCUACUCCUUAGGCGAAGCUGCCUGGUCCACAGGGGGAGACCCCCCCAUGCCCUACCUGACUUCAUAUGGACAGCUGAGCAACGGAGAGCCUCACUUCCUCCCUGAUGCCAUGUUUGGGCAGCCAGGGGCCCUUGGCAGCACUCCAUUCCUCGGGCAGCACGGCUUUAACUUCUUUCCAAGCGGGAUUGACUUUUCGGCUUGGGGGAAUAACAGUUCUCAGGGACAAUCGACCCAAAACUCUGGYUACAGCAGCAACUAUGCCUAUGCCCCGAGCUCACUGGGAGGGGCUAUGAUUGACGGGCAGUCUGCCUUUGCCAGUGAGACUCUGAACAAGGCUCCUGGAAUGAACACUAUCGACCAGGGCAUGGCAGCCCUCAAGCUGGGCAGYGCAGAUGUGGCGAGCAGUGUCCCGAAAGUUGUCAACUCGGCUGUGGGGAGUGGAUCCAUCACCAGUAAUAUUGUAACGUCAAACAGUUUGCCUCCAGCCACCAUUGCACCGCCAAAGCCGACUUCAUGGGCUGACAUUGCCAGCAAACCCGCUAAGCAGCAGCCCAAACUGAAGACCAAGAACGGCAUUGCAGGUUCAAGUCUGCCACCGCCUCCCAUAAAACACAACAUGGAUAUCGGAACUUGGGAUAACAAAGGGCCUGUGGCAAAAGCCCCAUCACAGGCCUUGGUUCARAAUCUGGCUCAGCAGCCAGUGCAGGUGUCCCCACAGACUGUGGGCCAGCAGAUCAAUAACAGCCCACCGGUGGCCCAAGCUCCAGGUGGGCAGCAGCCACAGGUGCUGCCACCACCAGCCCCACUGUCUGUGCCACCAGCACAGCCCACCCGCUGGCUUGCCCCUCGGAAUCGUGGCAACGGCUUUGGCCAGAACGGAGUGGACGGUAAUGGAGUGGGACAGACUCAGACCAGUUCUGGUUCUCCUUUGGAGCCACACCCGGUCUUGGAGAAGUUGAGAUCUGUCAACAACUACAACCCCAAGGAUUUUGACUGGAACCCGAAGCAUGGUCGGGUUUUCAUCAUUAAGAGUUAUUCUGAGGAUGAUAUCCACCGUUCCAUUAAAUACAACAUCUGGUGUAGUACAGAGCACGGCAACAAGAGACUGGAUGCAGCCUAUCGCUCCAUGAAUGGGAAAGGCCCCGUAUACUUACUGUUCAGUGUCAAUGGUAGCGGUCACUUCUGUGGUGUAGCAGAAAUGAAAUCUGCUGUGGACUAUAACACCUGUGCGGGUGUGUGGUCCCAGGACAAAUGGAAGGGACGUUUUGAUGUCAGGUGGAUUUUUGUGAAGGACGUUCCCAACAGCCAGCUGCGACACAUCCGCCUAGAGAACAACGAGAAUAAACCAGUGACCAACUCCAGGGACACUCAGGAGGUGCCUCUGGAAAAGGCUAAGCAGGUGUUGAAAAUCAUUGCCACCUACAAGCACACCACUUCCAUCUUUGAUGACUUCUCACACUAUGAGAAACGCCAAGAGGAGGAGGAAAAUGUUAAAAAGGAACGCCAAGGCCGUGUCAAGUAAAAGGCCAUUCGUCCCCCACAGACUGCAGCAGAGAUUGCAUCCCAGCUGUCUUUCAGAGAGAAAGGAGCAAGAGUAUCCCAGAGAGAAUUAGGACUUUUUUUCUUAAUUCCUUUGACUUCAAAAAGACUUUUGCAAACUUCCAGUAAAAAAAAAAAAAGAGGUAUUGGAAUAUUGCAAGGCAUAGGACUGAAAACAAGAAAAAAAAAAUCCCUUGUAGGUAGAGCAGAGAUAAAACCUGUCCCCUUUCUUUUGGCUUUGGUUGUAAUUUCAGAGCAUACGCUUUGUUUUUUGUCUUUUUACUAUGGUUUUUGGAUUUYCAAGUCCAUAAGUGGCAUAUGCCUUUUUUUUUCUCUAAUUUUUAAAUCCCACCAUUUCCCUCCUUCCACCCAGUUGUGCCUCCUUCCCUGGUUUUGACAUUUGCACUUGGAACGCUGAAUUGUAACAGCCACCAUGCAAAGUGGAGUAACUUUAUUUUUCUUUCUUUCCCUGGCCUGGAAGAGGAGCAAUUCUAUGAGGAARUCGGGGUUUUGGCCUAAGAAGAAUUGAACAGAAAAUUGCCCACRAGGUUGUGUCUUAAAGGUGGUUCAUUUUUCUCCUUUGUUACUCAGAAGUAAAGUACUAGGAGUCCUAAAACAUGUUCUGUUCUUGUGCAUUAUAUGGAUUUAAAGAUUAAGUCUGAGUUUGAUUUUUUGAAAGCUGAGAACAGUGGUAAAAAUUAACUUUGUUUACAGGAAAAAGAAUUUUGGACAAUAAAAAGCCCAAAACAAACCAAACCAAGGAAGAAAUACUGUAAAAUGUGUAGUGACUAUGUUUCAGUUUCUUGUUAAGCCAAUGAGGAAUGGGCGUUGCCUUUCUUUUCACCAUUAAUCACUUCUCAAUAAUAAAUGUGAGAUCCUGUUGAGCAUCACUGCUGUCUCCUGCUCC